GUCCGUUUGAGACAGAGAUACUCUUCUUUCAGAUCAUGGAUCUUGAUCAGUUACUGAACCAUACCCCCUUACCCCCCUUGCUUGGUCUCCCACGGGAGAUUCGCGACCUGAUCUAUGGUGAGCUCCUGGAGCAUGGCUCCGUUUCCAUUGCAAGCGGAGUCACUGCUACGCCCGCCAUAGACAAUGGCACCAAGACACCGAAUCUUGGCCAAUCAAUCCGAGAGGAGAAUCCUGUUCGGCAUCCGUUUCGUUCCCGUAGCACAUGGACACAGUGCCUGAGAGAUUUUUCGCUAGCCUCCGAUCAGGUUGAUCUAUUUUCGAUCGAAGACACCUACCUCUGCACAGUUGAUUCCCAGACAGUUGAUAUAUUUCUGACGUAUCAACUGGCCCCCAUCGACCAUGAUGCGCUGGUGUCGAACUCGCCUCGUCUCAACCUGCAAAUUAUGCACGUUUGCAGGCAAACCUACAAUGAGGCUCGUGAGAUCUUCUAUGGCAAGAAUAUCUUCAAAUUCAGAAGCGACUUUCGGAUCCCUACAGCACUUCACUUCCUCAAAGACAGAUCCCCCGAAUCUCUUGCUUGUAUCCAUUCUCUAGAGCUUGGUGUAUUGGAAGAUAAUGGACUCGAUGAUCGAAAAGAUCAUUAUCCACUUCGCUGCGAGCCUGGAGGUUUGAAGCUACGGAUGGCCUCUGACUAUUAUCCAAAGCUUUGCGCCAUGCUCGGUUCUCCUUCCAUGCAUCUGCGUAGACUCAGGCUUGUUGUUGAAACACACUCCAUGUUCCCUCCGCUGCUUACUGGUUUUGGCGCCAUUGAACCUGCUCUAGCAUUUGAGAAGGCGUGGCCCGUUCCUCCUCCAGUGUGGCUGGGCCCUUUACUCGACACGAAGAACCUAGAUAGUAUAGUGCUAUACUGGUUUUCAUCACGGCCGUUGAUACGGAGAUUUGCGACUGCCGCGACAGAAAUACGAAAUCAAAUGUUGAAGCCCUUGACGGCCUACGAAACGGUUAAGUCGAAAACUUUUGAACGCACUGCGAUUAUGUUCCGCGUCAGAAUGUUUUGGCCAGACUCACGGUAUGGGGCAGAAUUAGAAGGUUACAGAGACUCUUCAGUACAAUAUAACAAAGAUGUUGAAGAUACGGAGUGGCAGGAUCGCGAUAGUCGACCUGAGCAAAUUGAGGAGGACCAGAGACUGGAUGAGUUGAUGGAAACAAUUGUUCCUAACCAAAAGGAGAAUGGAGAUUGUAUGCAGGGGUUUGGGCAGGGAACUGUAUGCUUCUGUGAGCUGAAUGCGCUCUAAUGCUAGCAAAGACUAGCACGCCAGGGUGUCGUCGAACCCCCUUGCGCGGGAGGAAAGAAGAUCCUCUUGCGGCUAGAUGUCGAUUUAGAAUUUGCAGGGUCAGACGAUCAUUGCAAUCGUCCAGGCGAACAAUGAAAUCUAGUCUGCACUUCGAGCCAACCAAUGCCACUUACUUUGGACGCCACUACUUCAGCCGUCGUG